UUGACACCCAAGGACUGGAGUGCAAUCCAGCUUGUCUCACACUGGCUUAAGGCAUUUUGUUCAGCCACAACACAAAUGUCAACAAUGAAGCAUUCAAUGCUAUCAUCUACUCAAGCCAUUUUCCGUGGUCUGCAGGAGUCUCUAUCUGAAUUGCCAGAUAAUACACCGCCUCAUCUCAAGAAUUUGCUCAUCAAGCCACAUCGGAAACUGAGUGACUAUUACACCAAGUUUGAUGAGUCACCAUUGUACAUAUGGUCCUCUUGUAAGCUGUUUCCUUACAUCCAUCCCAAGGUUCCAACUCAUUUAUUGACAGUUCUCAAUCCCCAAAUUUCAUAUGGAGGUCUUUUGGACAACUGUGGUGAUGACCCCACCCUCCAACAUCACUUGGAAGGGGCAAAAGAUCAGUUGCAACAAUACUAUCAGGACAACUACCUCGCAUUGCAAGCUACUUUGGCUGUUCCCCAACUGGCAGCAGCAGCAGAAAUUGUCUCUGGCUCACCACAGAAAGUCAACUUCACAGCCUGA